GCAGUAAGGUUGCGCAUUCGGUAAAGUUGAUGAACAAUGGUGGAAAACUGCACUUCCUGUCACACUGUUUGUUAGAACUAUACUUUAUACACCAUCUCGACACGUUUCAUUCUUAUUCACAAGAUUUGAAAGCACUACAAAGUGGAGCACAUUCCCUCACAACUGGGCAAAUUGAUCACCACGGCAUCCAACCCAAGUCACCAUGAAUUAUUACCAAAAGUUCUACACCAAUCAAAUUCACUCCAGUUCACUGUUGUGUCAGCUGGCUACUAUGUGGAAGAGCCAGGUGCUAUGUGAUGCCAUAAUCCGAUCUGGAUCUGUUGUCACAAAGGCUCAUCGAGUGGUAUUAGUAGCAGCCUGUCCAAUGUUACAGUCCAUGGAGAAUGCAGCAGUGGGGUCUCAUCUGGAGGUCCGUCUGGCAGCUGACAUUAAACAGGACUCCAUCCAGACCUUUCUACAGUACCUGUAUGAAGGCUUCAUGAUGCUGACAGAGCAGAAUUGUCGCGAUGUAGAGAAAAUAGCAAGGCUGUUGCAAGUGGACAAUGUUAUCAAAUGUUGUGCAGACUUCAACAAGUGCCUGAACACAAAGACUGGUCAGAUGACUGGCAGCGACCAGUACAAGUACACAUUUCAUGACAUGGUUGAGUUUAAGCAUGUGAGGUCAUCAGAGAUGCAGAAGACAGUGCAAGAAAGGUCCACUAAAAGAACUUCAGAAUUCCCUCGACCACCCAGCCCAGGGAGCAAGAGACAGAGAACACAAGACAUGCAUGCUGAUGAUGCUGCAUCAAUGUCCAGCAGCUACAGCCAUGUGGCUCCAGAUCCAUGGGAUAGAGUUCCCAAGUUGGGAAUGCCCUUCCAUGCCAGAGGGGGGCAGGGUUCCCAGCAAUUAGGAGUUAUAGAUGUUGUAGAAGACAGUCUGGAAUUGAUUCAGACAGAUCCCCCUGACUCUAGUGGUGGUCGGGCAGCUAAAGACCAGCGUUCCUCACAAAAAAGUGUCUCUAUUGCAGUUAGUAGCCAAUUAAGUAACAGUACUGACUUACAAAUUGUUGAUGUGGCUACGGAACAGGCCAGACAGGAGCCACGGCCUCGAAAUAGUAUGCCAUCACAGACCCGAACCACACCUACAAAUCAAACCCACAUAGUCGCCGAAAACGUCAAGUCUACAAAUUCUCACUCAGCUCCAAAACCAUCCUCCCAUUCAUCUACACCAAUCAUGAAUGACAAGUUACAAGUUAAUAGUUCACCAGUAAUGUCUCCAUCCUCCUCACACUUCAGCAAUCGCAGUUCUCCACAGGUCAGGCUAGACGCUUCAACACACAAGCCAUUUGCAGCAGGCAGCGAGAGUCAGAGUUCCCUGCCAGCACAACAGAGCACAGACCUGUCCACUAAUGUCAGUGUUGCCGAACCCAUGCCUGACUCUGGUGCUAGAGAAAUGCCAGAAGCAAACCAACAAAAACCAUCCAAGCCUUUAUCACCUGACAAAUCAAACACUGACCUCUCAAUAGUGAAGAUCGAGUCUGAUGAAGAUGAAGAGGCAAGUGCCUUGGAGAUGUAUAUUAAUGUGUCUGGUGGUGGAGGAGAGUCGAUCCGAGUCCAGAGGGCAGAGCAUAGUGAGCCCGAGGAGGGGGACCCGCAGGCGGAGUGGAUGAGGGAGGACGUGUCGAAUGAGGACAGCAACGUUAGUGGGGACCAGUCCAAUUCCUGGCUGUACCCGCCAGGCGGUCAGCAGCAGUAUAAAGAGCGUUUGAGAUAUGAGGAGACAUUUAAUGUUACAGGAUCGGACUCGAGAUCUGGAAAAUCUUGGCCAUUGCGCUUCUGGAAAAAGCAUGAAGCUGCAAACGUCCGACCCACCUCUGAUACUUCGGUCUUGCCAGCAAGUUACGAGACGCGACAUACGAUGGUUCAGGUUCAAGGAUCAACAAAUAAGGCGUGUGUAGUGUGUAAAUGGGACGGUGUAAAAACGGCUACUGGUUUGCCUACUAAGUCCUACUACCGGUGUGAGGCCUGUGAUGCUUGCCUGUGUAGACCACAGGUCCGAAACUGUUUUGAAAGAUACCACAAACACUUGAAUAUAGACAUAAGUGAUAUAAUAGCAUGAACAUAUGAUGUACAUAUAGUAGGUUUUCCCCCUAAGAGUAGUGCAUGGUUUUAUUGUGAAAUUUGUUGAUGUAUUUCAUAUAUAUUUCAUUUAACAGUAUUAUUUUCCUGUUUAUUUUCAUUUAUGACAUCAGAAAAAUUUAAUGAUAAACACUUGAUAAAUGAUCAUAAUUUUCUUUUACAUAUUUUUUAUGUAAUGAUAUGAUGUGAAAGAUGGUGCAUGUAAUAAAAAAUAAACUAUUUUGAAGACCUCUGUUCCUUUCCCAUCAAUAAAAGUGAUUGAAGUAUAUACUAGGGCCACAUUUUUUUUAUGAAGCAGCAAGAUUGCUUAUGGCGAUGUAAACUAACGCCAUCUGUAUCAAUAUUGUGUCUAAAAAUCGACAUCGCGAUAAGCAAAUUUUACUGUAUUGCAGGCGUGAACAUGAUGGACGAUAGAUGGACAGGCCACAUGACCAACAAUGACGACCUUUCCCUAUUAGUGACGCAUCAGAACAUAGCAGCGUCUUUUGUGAUUAAAAAUGUCGGAUUACCGCAUCGUGCUGUAUCAACUCAUAUGCAAAGGACAUGCUACGUAUGCAAGCACUUGGGACGCCGCAUUCAAAGCCACAGUGCUGGUUUCGAUAACAGAAUUAAAAGGAUUUGUCGAUCGUCAUACAAAUGUGAAUGCUGUGACAUUAGCCUGUGUAUAGGAGACCGAAUGUGCUUUCAGCAAUUCCACGAAAUGCUACGUACCACUCAAAAUCCGAAUCUUGUUUGGGAAAAUCCACAUCGCAGUGCUUUACUACCUCAGCCAUUGAUCUGAUUUCCCUCAGAUUAUUGCAAUUUUUUACUCGUGGUCAGUCGUAUGCUGGAAUGUAAAUGUAAUGAAUUUCCUGUUGUUAUUUUUUUUUUAAUGAUAACAAAUAAAUUCAACGUAAUAUGGAUGUGAAUGGCGAUGUUAUGUCUACAAGAAUUAGUAUAUUAGGAAGUAUGGGGGAAAACGAUGUAUGUGGUGCGUGCUUUCUAUUUUAGAUGUGUAUAAAAGAAUAUUACCAUAGGCAUAGUCCAAAGUAUAGCACAAUAAACAUUUUGGUUUCCCGUGUUGCAAAAAUUUGUACUUUUGAUUCCUUCUUUCAGGAUUUGUGCGAGAGAAGGCAUCACACGGUGGGUCUUGGACUAGCAAUGAACGUUUUCCAAUUGAACAUUCAAACAGUUUCGAUUUGUAUAACAUUCAGCGACUGGCGGCUAGUGCCGUAGAACUACGCAGUGUUCAACAUAGACUUGUACGAAAUGAAGAAUAUAAAUACAAAGUGUGUUUUCAAUGUCACAGGGAUAAAACAAAAACAAAGAAAGGAUGGCGUGUGUACACCCAUUUUAAAUGUGAGCAGUGUGGUGUUCCUCUCUGCACAGGUGGGAGAGGAACGAGGAGAUGCUUUGAAAUCUUUCAUCGUGAACAUGGAAUAUCAAAUAUUAUGACCGAAUACGAUCCGCGCAUGUUGUUUAAAUAUGAUAAGUUCUCUCAUCAUUCCCUAGACGAAAUGAGAUAGAUACUAUUGUGUGACGACGUAUUUUCCUACAUUGUUUAUACAUUGCAUAAAGUGAAAUGUUUUUAACUGUUUUCCGUGUAUGAAUAACAUGAAAUGAAUGCAGAUGUGUUUAUUUUACCAAUACAUAUAUAUUGUAAAGAAGUUGCAUGAGUGUGUGUAUUUUCUAAUGGUGAAGGAAAUAAUUUGCUGUAAAAUAAAAUACAAAUACAAAGCAAUUGGUUUGUUUCUUUUAUCAUCAUAAAUGGGUAUUAAUUUUGCUUUUAGCUUUUGGCAGUAUGGAUGUAUGUUUAUCUUUGCAUUUAAAUUUAUGGUGAAAGCAGUGUUUUUUGACAAUAUUUUCUAUCUUUUGUAAAUGAGAUCCUCAUUUUGAUUGCAGCGAACAAGUCCUCCGGUAAAGAGGAUGGAACCAUUGCAGAGGGAACCGAAGACACGAAAGGGGCCACAGAGGAAGGCACCAUUGUCCCAAAGAUUGAUCCGAAGUUAUCGAAACGUUCCAAGGAGAAGGCAGAAAAACGCAGAUCAAUGCAGAAAAUGUUCAACAUGGAUAAUUACACUGCUAUGGAGAAGUACUUGUCGUCCAUGCAAUCGAUGCACCAUUCAAUGCUCUCCCUGGCUACCCUGCCUUUGAACGUCACCGGGCCAGAUGGCCGGGUGCUGAUUUCGCAGGUCAAGGCGUCUGACUGGCCACUGUUUAAUGUGGGGUCUGGUGCUACUGCUACUGACAUGGAUUUCUCACAUUCCCCCCUUCAUGAGUCUGAGGUUUCCACUGCCGAUCAGCUGGCUCUGAAUUUGGUCAAAACAGAGUGCAAAAACUCGAUAUCUCCGAUGGGAAAACUGGCAACGGGUUUAGAUCGAUUCGGGGAGCAUAUGCACGCAUUGGUUCCUAUACCAGAAGGGAAAUACAAGACCUGUAGCUAUUGUCAGAAAGUAAAGCAUAAAACCAAAUCAGGCUGGUACUGCUACACGACAUAUCAGUGUCGCAAAUGUGAGAUACCAUUAUGUAAGAGAAAUAAGAAUUGUUUCAUGUUCUACCAUCGAGAUAUGGGCAUUCCUGAACAAGAUUAUAUCCCUUUUGCUUAAAUGCGUGUUUGAUGAACUUCCAUCUUACAUUUAAAAAGAACAUUUCUUGAUGCUGUUGUUUAGUGUUCAUGUGUAGGAAGUAGUUUUGUAUGUGUAGUGCAUACUGUGUCAGAUUUUGAAAAUAAUACUAUUGUGCCAUGUUUUUUUUGUUUUUUUUUCUUUUUCUUUUUUUUUUAUAUACAAAAAAACUGCUGUAUUCGCCAAAGGAAACACAAAAGAGACGAUACUAUUGUAUCGAGACUUUAUGUAAGUGCUUACAAAGAUUCUGUGUUUUCAUUUCUCAUAUUGUUUGUGUGCUUCAGUCCAGAGGUUGUAAGAUUUUGAUGCGGUCAGCAUUGUCACGUUUUUAUGUAUAUUUCAUAGGAUGAUCAUACUUAGAAAAUUGGCUGGAAGUUGUCAGGUUUUGAUAACAAUGUUAUACUUAACUCAUGUGAGUCCUGCUGCUUGUUCAGUGUCAUUGAUAUUAUCAUUAAACAGUGAUAGUGUACAUUUUAUAUAUUUUUUUUUAAAUAUAUCAAAAUUAUUUUAUUAUAGAAUAUAUUAUUUUCUCAAAGGAGGCAUAUAUAAUGAUGAUACAAAUGAUUUUUUCUUAAAUGUCUGAAAUCAAUUAUUUCUUCAAACCAAACCCAUUGCCAUAUUUUACAAUUUGUUGAGGUUAAAUAUAACUACGCCAGGUUGUUGGAAAAGUAUUAAUUUUAGAGUAUUGUAUUGUGCUCAUGUAGAGAUUGUUGUUUUUGUAUGCAUAGAGUAUUAAUUUUUCGUGGUGUACAUAUUAUACUGGUAGAUUUUUUUGUCGGAAAAGCUUAUACAGAUUUUGAGAUAUUUUCUGAUUUUGUUUACACUAUUGUGUAUUGAGCUUUUACAUGUUCCACUGCUUAUAAGUAUUUUUAUUUAAAUAUCAAAAGAUCUGUGUCCAUUUUGAUGCAUUUUUUUUUUACAGUGUGUUGCCAAAGCUUUAUUUAACAUGGUAAUUAUUGUAGGGAUUUUGUUGAUCUAUGAAAAAAAAAAUGUGGAUCUGUCUGUAUUUGUUUUAGCAAUAAAUUUAGGAAAGUGUG